AUGCUGGCUGGCUUCGCUUUCAACUUCCUCACCGCACCCAUGCCCAAGGACAAAGAGCCUUGCAUCUGGUUGGAGUUUUUCUACUUCUUCUGCGUGAGCACGGCCUUGGGUGCAGAGUUCGGGGUCAUCGUUAUUUCCAGCUACCUCUCAGUUUGGGCACCUUCGUUGGCCCUGCGCGGGAAGCGCGGUGCCGUGGAUCUGCACAAGGCAUGUGACACGCUGCGAGAUUACCAAGCGCUGGUCUUCUCGUGUUUCAUGUGCGGGUGGAUAGUGCAUUUCAUCGCUAGCAUCCUCCAGGUCUGGAUAUUCUACAAGAAGUCCAUUGCCACCUUCGUGUCUAUCCCGUUUUUGCUCUUCACGCUGGCCAUCAUCUGGUACCUCGUCGAUCUUCGGCAGAAGCUCAGCUUGGCAGAAACGGAGGUGGUCACGGGCAAGAUUUCCCACUUUCAGCCGUACGAACAGAUCGGGGAUUUGGACCACGGUUUGGCAGGAAGCGGGCAGCCAACCCGCGACCGGAACUCGGACGGACGUGCAGCGCUUCGUCGUCCCACUUUCUGCAACCAUGCUUACUUCGAGACAAGCCCUCACACUUCUUUAUCGGCGGUUGGGGAAAUGAGGGAGCUGCUCUUGCAUGUGUUCAGACACUCCCGUAGCCUCAUAGUCGUGUGCUUUACCCUGAAUCCAAGCCACGCUCAACCCACGAAGCACUCGCAAAGGCUGGCGGAAGCCGUGGAGCCUACUGCCGCGUCCAGCAGGCUGGAUCUGCUAAUGGCACUACAGAACGGUCAUCGAAUGCUUGUUACUACUUAA